UAUGCCUGCAAAGUUUUAAUAUUCCUUCUUGGAGUGAGUUCAACCUGUUGCUCAAGUGUGAAGGCGUGGACAACUUUUUGUCCUCAAUGGGUUGAAGAAUGUGAAGUCGCUUUGUGAAGAGAAAUAACGGUACGCGAUGUUAGCCGAUUGUUAGCUUAACAGCAACAGGUCGGUCGGUCGGUCAACGGAAGUUAACGGACUCGGGUUAAACGGCUAUGGAGCGCGCGACUUUUGCGAAGUACUCCUGGGUCGACUUCGUCUUCUCUGUGAUCGGAGUGUGUACCUUCUUGUUCGACUGGGGCUCCGAUGUGUGGGUUGCCGCCGAGUUUUACUGCCGGGGGAACUUUCUCUGGUUCGGGGUGCUGGUCGGCCUCAUGGUCCUGUCGUCUGUUGUGGUCCAGAUGUUCAGCUGGUUCUGGCUCAAGUAUGACCGUGAGCUGCCGGGGUUCGGUGCACAGACCGGUGGAGGAACCGUGCUCUUCGGGGACCAAGUGAAGCUCUCCUGCCUGUUACAUGUGCUGCAGCUGGGCUUCCUUUGCAGGCACAUCUCCGCCAUCCGUCAAGGCUUCAGGGUUUGGUGGCGGAAACAGGAAGGGUCAGAGUAUGCCGUUUACCUGACGCAUGACCUCAGCAUGCUCCGGCUCAUCGAGACGUUCUGCGAGAGUGCUCCUCAGCUCACCCUGAUGAUCUAUGUCAUGCUGCGCACAAACAAGGCCAGGACUGUUCAGUUUGUGAGCAUCGCUGUAUCCACCACUUCCAUCGCCUGGAUGGUGGUGGAUUAUCACCGCUCCCUGCGCUUCUUCCUCCCAGACAAAGCCAAGCAGGGCUGGGGUUCCUCCUUAAUCUACUUCCUGUGGAACCUGCUGCUGAUCGCCCCACGUGUGGCAGCCCUUGCCCUCUUCGCCUCUGUCCUUCCCGGGUACAUCGCUGCCCACUUCCUGAUGCUGUGGUUCGUCUUUGUGUUGUGGGCCUGGCGACAGAGGACAGACUUCAUGGACAGCGCCGGUGGAGAGUGGCUCUACAGGGCCACUGUGGGGCUCAUUUGGUAUUUCAGCUGGUUUAAUGUAGCAGAGGGUCGGACCAGAGGCAGGAGCAUCAUCUACCAUUCCCUCAUCACCACUGACAUGGGAAUCCUGCUGGUGACUUGGUGGUGCUACAGGGACCCUGUCCAGAGUGAGUCGUACGCCCUCGCUCUGCUCAUCACUCUACCUUUCACCUACCUCCUGGGGCUGCUCUUCAAAACCGUCUACUACUGCUGCUUCCACCCCAAGCUGUGGAGACCCCCGGCGAGGGACCCAGGACUGCCUGACGAUCUGCCUGACGCAGAAGUGUCCUUUAAAGACUUUUCCAUCCAGGACGGCACCCUGUCGUCCCAGCUUCUCAACAAACGUAUGGCCUGCCAUGCCACUCAUUUUUACUCCGGGCAAGGAGUCAUUAGAAACACUGAUAGCACAAACAGAGCGGAUUUCUCACACCUGUGAUGUCUGACUUUGUGUGUGUCACGGCCGACCAUGUAGUACUGAUAAAUGUUACCUUCAGUUGUAGUGGUAGAAUGAAACAGUCUCUCUUUAAACUGCGUCCUGUUUGUGUUCAUCAGAUGCUCCAUAUACUCUGAACUCUGAGUCCUUGAAAUUAAAAGUGAUCAAUAUGUAUCAGUCAUUUUCAUAUCAGCACAUACAUCAUACAUCAGUUCAUACACUGUGAUACUGUACAUUUUUGGAAAAUCUGUUAGCUGUUUAUAACUAAGCCAACAAAUGAAAUGCCUGACAAAUCUAGAUACUUCACAGGUUCAUCUCAUCUUACGGUACAAACAUUGUCAAAUUUCUCAACUGUACUUGAAAACGUUGAAUAUUUUUAAGGAAAUUUCUAAACUAUCGAAGUUAAGUGUUUUAAUUGAUGCAUUUUCUACGAAGCAAAUUAUAUUGUGCUAUUUUUACAUAUGUGGGAGACUUCUUUGUCAUGUAAACCAUAUGAUCAUAUGGGUUUGUUGUUACUGUUACUGUGAACACUUUGUAUUUCCAAAAUACACACGGUCAGCAAAUAAGAAAAUAACCUUGUUUUUUUUAGAGUCUGACAAUUCUCUCUCUAAAUUCAGAUUAAUUCACAAAAACGAUGAAGAUUGGAUUUCUAAGGUUCGUACAUGACAACAAAGGCUGUCUAAAUGUGUGUCUGAGGUUUUUGGGUCAUGUUACAGCUGCUGCUACUGGAACCUACUGAAGGCCUCUGAAUGUAGAUUUGACCAUAAGCUCUCCUUUAUAUAAUGUCUGUGUUCUGUUACUGUGUGAAACAUUUAGAACGCUUGACGGGGUGCUAGUUUUUAUCGGUGGUGUAAAAUAGGUCAAGUGCUAAUUCUUUACAUGUCAAAGACUUGUUAGUACAACGGAUGUCGUAAGUGUAGCCGCAGGUACAAACGCUUGUGGUACUUUCGCUGGCUCAUCAUUGUUUACCUUGUUUAAAUGUCUCGUGUCAAACGGCUCUGUUUACUUUGGUAUCAGUUCAGACUCAAGUGAUCAAAGCACUCUCUUCCCUCUGUGUCGUGAAUAAACCAGUGCCACACUUGUUCAAUCAGCAUUAUUCCAGACAGCAUGUUUUUUUUUUUUUUAAUCUUUUUGGGUGACCUUAAAGUACACUCAAGUUUUGUUUCAUAUGCCGUUUUCACCUGUUAAACCUUAAACCAUUGUUCAUUUCUGCAGAAUGUUCAUGGAAAGUGUUGUGGAUUCAUUUAUUCUCUGAAACCAAAAGUCAAGGUCGCUGCUGGUUGUUAAUCUUUUACCUCAUAUGCCAUGUGCAAUCAUUAAAGUGGUCACA